AUGCAAGCUCGAAGAAAUGACUUUUCUUACAGACAAAAUGAAAUGCUGAACAAUAAACAAAGGAAACAAGAUAAAAGAAUAGAUGAAGAAUACUGUAACAAAGAAAGUGAAAGAAAUAGGCAAAGACAGUUUGGAAUACACAUACAGGAUUGCAUCAUCAAUUUUCAUGAAAAGAUAAAACAUGGUCCAGUUUUUGUACGCUCAUGUUGUCAUCAAACAUGGUUCAAAGAAAGUGUUUUAAAAGUGCAAAACACAAAUUUGGAUGACUUAAGUAAAAUCAAAUAUCUUACUGGUAUUAUUUCUGUUGGAAAUGCAGAGUGGAUUUGCAAUACUUGCUAUUCAUCAAUUAGAGAAGGAAAAGUACCCAAGCUGUCUGUUCUAAAUGGUAUGAUAUGGCCACCUAAGCCAAGAGAAUUGAAUUUGUUUCCAUUAGAAGAAAGACUAAUAUCACUUAGAAUUCCUUUCAUGCAAAUUAGAGAGUUACCAAGGGGUGGACAAUAUUCUGUGAAAGGAAAUGUUGUGAAUGUUCCUGUGGAUAUUCAACCUACGGUAAAUAGCUUGCCUAGAAAGAUGGAUGAAAAUAUCACAGUUCCUGUUAAGUUAAAGAAAAGGCUUUGUUACCAAAAAUGUGAUUAUCAUGAAAAUGUACGACCAGCAAAAGUACUGAUGGCAUUACAUUGGCUUUUGAACAACAGUGACUUCUAUAAGAAUGCAAACAUUAAUGUUGAUGAAAAUUGGUUUCAAGAAAUCACAUCUUCAGCAAAUGAAAUCAUUCAAGAAUUAGUUCAAACACAGACAAGAAGAGAUCAAAAUAUUGAUAAUAUUGAGACAGAUUAUGAUGAUGAUGAAUUCUGUGAAGUAGAUGGAGUUGGUAGGGAUGGUAAUUGUGAUACUCUGUUAGAUGACGCUUCUCGAGAUAUGAAUCAGAUAUACACCUUUGCUCCAGGAGGACAACGGCCCAUUAGUUUAUAUCAAGAUCCCACUGCAGAAUAUUUAUCAUUUCCAACAAUAUUUUGUGGAAAGGGAAGAUUACAAGAUGAUGAAAGACAAGUUCAUGUUUCGUAUGCAGAUAUAGCUAAAUGGGAAUUGAGAAGUGUUGAUAGACGUGCUGCCCAGUCUGUUCCAAAUUUGUUUUUCAAGUUGAAAAAAAUACAAAUGAAGCAAGUUACAGACAAGUGCAACCUGGCUCUUAGGAAAUGCAAAACCAAAGGAAAAUCCAUGACAGCAAAUGAAAUGAAAAAUCUUGAAAAUGUGAGUAAUCUUAUUAGACACAAUGAAGGUUUCUUUGUCUUUAGACAGUUACGAAAUUCACCUGCAUAUCUUGAGACUAGAAAAAAAGAUGUAUUUGCUAUGAUCAGACAGCUAGGUUUACCAACAUGGUUUAUAUCACUGUCUGCAGCUGAUACAAGAUGGAAUGAUCUCAUCAGAGCACUUGGAGUGUUAAAUGAUGGAAAAGAAUACACUGAUGAAGAAAUUGAUAACAUGUCAUGGUUUGAAAAAUCAAAAUUGGUACAAAAGGAUCCUAUCACAUGCACUAGGUACUUUGAUCAUAGGUUCCGUAUGUUUAUGAACUUGGUGUUGAGGAGUGACCACCAUCCAAUUGGCUUUGUAAAAGACUUCUUUUAUAGAAUUGAAUUUCAGCAAAGAGGGUCACCACAUGUUCAUAUGAUAGUUUGGAUAGAAAAUGCACCAAAAUAUCAUGAAAAUAAUGAAAAGGAGAUAGUAAAUUAUGUAGAUAAAUACCUCAAAUGUGAAAAGAAUGAAGAGGAUGAUUUGACAGGCUUACAAGUACACAAACACUCACAAACAUGCAAAAAGAGAGGUAAGGCUGUAUGCAGAUUUGGCUUUCCCCUUCCUCCUCUUGAAGAGACUUUGAUUUUGGAGCCACUAGAGUGUAAUGUUGACAAAUACAGGGAAAUGUAUGAAGAAAUUCAAAAACAGCUAAAUGAUAUGAAAAAUGGAUGUGAUUUGUCCUACAAGGAACUCCUGAGCACAGUACUAAAGAUAUCUGAGGAAGAUUACAUUAAAUGCAUUAGAAGUUCACUGAGAGGUCCAAAGGUUUUUCUAAAGAGAAGGCCAUGUGAUAUGAGAGUGAACUCCUACAACAGUGUUGUUCUUGAUGCUUGGAAAGAAAACAUUGAUAUUCAGUAUAUUUUGGACCCAUAUGCAUGUGCAAUGUAUAUUGUUUCAUAUAUAAGUAAAUCUCAAAGAGGGAUGAGCGAUUUACUUAACAGAGCUGCAAAGGAGGCUAGAGAAGGAAAUCUUGACAUAAAAAGACAGAUACGUCAUAUUGGAAAUCAUUUUCUCAACAGUGUAGAAGUUGGAGCACAAGAAGCAGCAUAUUUAGUAUUACAAAUGCCAAUGACGAAGGCAUCAAGAGAUGUUGUUUUUAUCAACACAAGUCCAUCAGAUGAUCGAGUAAUUCUCAUCAAAACAGAUGCUGAAUUGGAAAAGUUGACACCAAAUUCAACAGAUGUGGAAUGCAGCAAUGUUAUUAAACGGUAUGCAAAACGCCCAAAACAACUUGAGAACUGGUGUUUAGCUGAUUAUGUAUCACAACUAGAUGUUGUUUUCCCUAAAGAUAAUGAACAAGAGUUCACUGAAAAUGAAGUGAAUGAUGAUGAUGAUCAGGACAACAAAUCACAUGAUGAAGAUGAAUCAGAUCUUGAUUUCGGUGAAACUGAUACACUUGUUACUCUGAGAAAUGGCAUAAAGAUAAGACGACGAAAAGUACCCAGGGUAAUUAGAUAUGUGCGGUUUAGUAUCAAAACUGAUCCAGAAAAUUACUAUAGAGAAAAACUGAUGUUGUUUAUGCCUUGGAGAAAUGAAUCCAUCGAUCUUAUUUCAGGAACGAACACAUUUGAGAUGUCAUUUCAUCUGAAGAAGUCAUUUCUUACACACAAGGUCAAGGAAUAUGAAUUCAAUGCUGAACAGCUUGAUGCAGGUUUGCAAAUGGCAAUUGAGGAUUUUUCAGAAGCUUUUGAUGAAUUGGCACCAAAUGCUCAACAAAGAGAAGCAGAAGAUGAGAAUGAGGGAUCUCUUGAAUCUGAAAACUUUAUUCAGUUUAAUCCUGAGAGGCCUAUUGAACAGAGACAGUAUGAUAUAGGAGCUGAUAUUGGCAUUCCAUCUACAAGACAAAUAACAGAAGAAAGUUCUGUAAGAUUACCAGACAGUGAAUACUUGAAACUUUUAGAAAGUCUAAAUGUAAAGCAGCGGGAAUUUUUCAAUCAUGUCUUGCAGUGGGUCAAAACAAAGACAUAA